AUGUCUCAACUGCAGGAAGAGGCCCACAAUGCGUCAGUGCUAGAUGUAACAGCAAUGAUGCCCACCUCAAAUCGCGAAAUAUACCUCACAAAUAUUGAAAAAUUUAACCACUUAUUGAACUGCCUUACUGGUCAAGCUCUAGAGACAGUACAGGCAUUUCCUAUUUCGAAUGAAAACUAUCCAAAGGCUUUGGAUAGGCUUAAAUCGCGCUAUGACAAUAAUAGUCUAAUCUUCGCCGAAAAUAUCGCGACACUAUUUGAUCUACCAGCAGUAUCGGGUCAGUCAAGCCAACAACUCCGUAGUCUGGUAAACAAUGCAUCCGCUUUGUAUGGUCCACUCUGUUCGCUAGGUACAGAGAAACAAAUAUGUGAGGCUCUACUUAUCUCGCUAAUCAUGGAAAAAACGGACGCAAUUACACGUAGGAAAUGGAAUGAAUCGCGUAACUUUGACACAUUACCCAGUUGGGAGGAUUGCUCAAAAUUGUUGGAUAGGCAUUGCCAGUUUCUCGAAUCACUUGACAGUGGAAACGGCAAUCAGUCAUCAUCACAACGUAAACCUAAUAGUCUUAACUCCAAGACUAACAGACGCUCAAAACAAUACGCAUUUGUUGCAUCUACAUCUAGCAAUUCUUGCUCAUUUUGUUCUAGCAAUGAACACCUAAUACAGAAUUGUCAUCGUUUUAAGGCACUGGAGGUGGUUCAAAGGUUUGAAAAGGUGAAGGGCCUUAAACUCUGCAUAAACUGCUUAUCGCGACGCCAUCAUGUGGUUAAUUGUACAUCAACGUUUAAAUGUAAGGUUUGCGCAAAGCCACAUCACACUCUCUUGCAUCAUUCGCAAUUGCCAACGAAUAUUAAGAGCGCGGGAUCAUCACGACGCACAGAACACGCUGCUAUGCCCAACGACAAUGUUGCCAGCCAUUCCCAUCUUAAUAUGUCAUCGGCCGAGCAAAUAAUUCUUGCCACUGCAUUGGUUUUAGUGAAGGAUUCAUCGGGAAGUUAUCAAGUGGGUAGAGCCUUACUUGAUUCAUGCUCUCAGGUCAAUUUCAUAACUAUUGGUAGUUCGUUGACCAAUAUUAAGUAUCAGACGUUCACAUCAAUCAAAUCUCGUCAUUCAAAUUUUGAACUUGCUUUAAACUUUGGUAUUACGAAUCACAUCGCAUAUCAACCAAGUUCUGAAAUCGAUAUAUCGUCGUGGAAGGUUCCAUCCAAUACACCUCUCGCCGAUGAGCAAUUCUUUAAAUCCAAGCGCGUUGAUCUUUUGCUUGGAGCUGAAAGAUGGAUUGUAUCUGGCAAGUACAAGGGUCAGCCAUUUGCAUCACCAGCAGCAAAAUGCCUAUUAUCAGUUGAAGAUACAGUUUCCGAUCAAUUAGAAAUGAUGUGGAAGAUAGAGGAAGUGCAAUCGGCUUCAAAGUCAUGGUCACCAGCACAUGUUGCGUGUGAGUCAUUAUAUCGUGAAACGGUUCACCAAAAUGCGAUGGGAAGAAUUGUCGUUCGGUUAUCAUUCAAGGAUUCGCCAGAUUGUCUUGGUUUGACACACAAUAUCGCCUUGCGCCGUUUUUGUUCUGUAGAACGGCGCUUGUCAUCUAAUCGUGCACUGAAGCAAGAUUAUCAAGAAUUCAUGAAACAAUAUCGAGAGCUCGGACACAUGACGCGUGUUGAGACUCCGAAAACCAACGAACCUCAUUAUUAUAUCCCUCAUCAUUGUGUUUUAAAACCGUCGAGCACUUCGACCAAGCUGAGGGUGGUUUUUGAUGCGUCAUGUCCAACAACUUCGCAACGUUCAUUAAAUGAUAUUCUACUGGUCGGCCCGACAAUUCAGUCGGAGUUAUAUUUGUUGCUACUUCAAUUUCGUUUGCACCGAUAUGCCUUGACGGCUGACAUUGUUAAGAUGUACCGACAGAUACUGAUAGAUGAACCAGAUCGAAAAUUCCAAUAUAUUUUUUGGCGAGAUACGGAGUCCGAUCCUGUUAGUACUUACGAGUUGAAUACAGUCACUUAUGGUACUGCAUCAGCACCUUUUUUAGCAACCAGGAGUUUGCAGUAUUUGGCGGACAAAUUUGAAACACAAUACCCAAUAGGCGCUGCACUCAUUAAAUCAUCGUUCUUUGUCGACGACUUCUUAGGUGGAGCGGAUUCCAUUGAUCAACUCACCAAUAUCAGACAUCAGUUAACGGCCAUUCUACAGAAGGGUUGCUUCGAUCUUGACAAAUGGCAUUCAAACCAUCAUGACUUCAUCAGCGAUACUACAACAAAGAGUUUGAAUCUUGAUACAGAUACAGUCACCAGCGCUCUAGGCAUCAAGUGGCACCAAAUGCAAGAUGUUUUCCUAUUUUCGUUUAAUGCGCAACCAGGUCAUAUUGUAACAAAACGCACCAUUUUAUCCCUUGCGUCUUCAUUAUUCGACCCGCUUGGAUUACUAGCACCGAUCAUACUCGUAGCCAAAAUUAUGAUGCAAGAAUUGUGGCUUUUGCGUGUGGACUGGGACGAGUCAGUCCCUCAAAAUCUUCACUCAGCUUGGAAAACAUUUAUUCAAGAUCUUACAACGCUUUCAUCGGUUAAGGUGCCGAGGUACUGCCUAUCCAUAAACUAUCAACAGGUUGAUGUACACGGUUUCUGUGACGCUUCAAUACGCGCAUAUGGUUGCUGUAUAUUUCUCCGAUCACAAAACACAUCAGGUAAGGUGACGGUCAGGCUAUUUACUGCAAAAUCCCGUGUGGCACCUAUAAAGCGGAAGUCGCUACCUAAACUAGAACUCUGUGGUGCCUUACUUCUUGCCAAACUGUAUCAGAAGGUCCAACCAAUAUUUGCGCAAUUUAAGGGUGAAACGUUUUUUUGGACUGAUUCACAGAUUGUAUUACAUUGGUUGAAGCAGCACUCAUCAACCCUGUCUGCAUUCGUUGGCAAUCGAGUAGCGGAAAUUCAAGAUAUUACCGCAAAUGGGCAAUGGAGACACGUUCCUACCCAAUCCAACCCGGCAGAUGUUGUGUCGCGCGGCUGUAACAUCCGCCAAUUAUCAGAGUCUUGUUGGUUUACGGGGCCGGAAUUUUUGUUACUCGCUGAUAAAUACUGGCCGCAUUUGAAAUGUCACAACCUGGAUAUGGAAGAAGUCAAUAAAGAGACGCGGAAGGUUGUAUUCGUUAACACAAAUGAAGACAACUACGUAUUACAGGUAUUGUCAAGAUAUAGUUCAUACACUAAGAUGCUACGAGUAAUAGCGCAGGUACAGCGUUUUUAUCAUGUAACCAAGAAUAAAUUGAAGAACGGAGAAUGUACCCUCCAACCUAUUCAGCUACAAAAGGCAUUGCACUGUAUUAUUUGGGUCAUCCAACAGCAAUUCUUCGAAAUUGAUAUACAACGCCUACAACGAGGGAACCCAGCCGAAGGUACAUUAAAGCAUCUAAAUCCCUUCCUGGACAAUGUAUUCGGUUAUCAAUUACUAAAGGUGGGAGGUCGCCUCGAGCUGAGUGACAUCUCAGUAGGCCAACGUCACCCUAUUUUGUUGCCGAAGGGCUGUUAUUUUGUGGAACUUUAUGUUCGGCAUAUACACUUGUGCAACUAUCAUGCAGGCGCAAAAGCACUAAUUGCCCUUACUCGACUAAACUUCUGGAUAAUUAAUAUUCGAGAAAUUGCACGCCGAGUCGUGCACUCGUGUAUUCACUGCGUGCGUUAUAAACCCAAACUACUUAAUCAAAUGAUGG